AUGCCUGGCCUCGUUUCAGCCCUUACCGUUGCCCUUGCGACGGUCGCGUCCGCUGCACCAGCCCUUCUUGCUGUGCGACAGGAAGCACCAUUCACAACCACCUCCACAGCGUGGGAUGCCGGUGCAGUAACACAGUUUCCUAUUCACUCGAGCUGUAAUGCUACCCAGGCUCGCCAGCUGGCGGUUGGUCUCAACGAGACAAUCUUGCUGGUAGAGCAUGCUAAAGAGCACAUUCUGCGAUGGGGUAACAAGUCCGAGAUCUACCAGAAAUACUUCGGUAACCGACCACCAUAUGACGCUAUCGGUGCCUAUGAGAUUGUGAUCAAUGGUGACAAGAGUGGAGUGCUCUUUCGCUGCGACAAUCCUGAUGGAAACUGUGCUCUCGAAGGUUGGGGUGGCCACUGGCGUGGAGAGAACGCAACUGGCGAGACUGUGAUUUGCGACUUGAGCUAUGAGACUCGUCGCUCGCUCAAUCAGAUGUGCGCCCUGGGGUAUAAUGUUGCUGGAUCCAAAGCCAAUACCUUUUGGGCAUCCGACCUUUUGCAUCGACUAUACCACAUACCAGCAAUCGGUGGAGAGUAUGUCGAGCACUUUGCUGGAGACUAUGACGAGGUCAUCGAGCUUGCGCAGAGCAAUGGGACCGAAUCCACUCGCGAUAGUGACACCCUGCAAUUUUUUGCCCUAGAGGCGUAUGCGUAUGAUAUAGCCGUGCCCGGUCAGGGUUGUCCAGGUGGGAGCAAUGACCAUGACCAUGAUCAUGACCAUUCUUCAUCGGCCUCUGCGACACCGGCUCCCGCGCCAGCGUCAACAACUGGAUCGCCAACAGCCACCCAACCUCCUUCGACAACCUCGAGCCUGCCGGCGAACUGCCAUACCCAUGAGGGUGGAGAUGUCCAUUGCACAUAG